AUGACCGAGGCGGGCACCAAAUUGAGGCUCUGCUCCGUUUCCUGGACGUCGGAGCGUCGCUGGUUUUUUCAGUUUUGCGUCAGCAUUCUGAUUUGUCUCAAUAAUGGUGCUUGCUUUUGCUUUGGUGUAUUCAGUCCAUACAUGAAGCAGGGGGCGUUUACGUACAGUCAGUCGGAAAUUAACGUUGUUUCCACGGUUGGUGUCAUUCUAAGCUACUUUUCACUUCCAACAGGGUUUUUGUACGAUCACAAAGGCCCCAUGCUAACACUGUUGGUAGGAACAGUGUUGAAUGUGCUUGGCUGGUUUGGCAUGUUUCUCUUAUUUGUAAAUAUGGACGCUCCGAUAUUAGGAACAAAUGUUGGAGUAAUGUGUAUCUUCUAUGGUAUUUCCCAAUUUUCAGCCAGCUUUUAUGAGACCGGCUCGGUCUUGACAAACCUAGACGCCUUCUCCUGUUAUCAGGGACGCGUGAUUCUCAUUCAGAAAACAUUCAUGGGUCUGGGAAGCUCUGUCAUUGUUCAGAUAUAUAUUGCCUUUUUUGAAGAACGCUUUGCAGGGAUUGGGCCGUUCUUCCUCUUCCUGGUCAUAUAUUCGCUAUCUGUCGGAGUGCUGGGUACAUUAUUUGUCCGCCUGCCCACGAAAAAAACGCAAUGCCUGGGUCUCAGCAUACCAGAUGAUGAGGUGAUUGAGAGCGGGGGCGCUGAAUCGCGUCUGUUUAAGCUUCCGUUCAACGUUGGCACGGCUAUACUUUUUAUGUUUAUUGCCUUUGUUCUGGCUGCGACCCUGCUGGAGAAUUUCCAUCCACCGUCGGAUUCUGACCGUGUCAUUAUUGGUGUUGUGACGAUACUCUUAUCCUUGUCUUUCGCUGUCAUGAUUUUUAUUACGCCCAGCUACUCCGUCAACUGCGGGGGGUAUGGCACGCAGGCGGUGGCGACGACAACAUCGCCAGCAACGGAAGCGGCAGCACCUGCGGCGGCCACUGCCACCGACGCCGCAGAAAGCGGUACCACAAAUUAUGCGUCACCGCCACCGCCACCGCCACCGCCACCGCCACCGCCACCGCCCUCUUCGCCGACCUCUUUUUCCGCCCUUUCGUCGAAUAAGUCGAAUGAGAGCCCUGCAAACGCGAUGAUGGAUGCGACUGCAGCACGGCACAAGCUAGGGGAACAAGAGAGCGGCUCCUUAUUGUUGUCUAGGGGCCAACGAAGCCAUGGUUAUCCCCGUGAAGGCAUUGGCCGUCAAGAAGUCGAAUUGGAUGUUGCAGCUGAGCCAGAUGUGACAACGGGGUCCGAGAUUAAUGUCCCUUUAGAGAGAGAAAGACAUGUUUCAAGAGGGUGGGACUCAUACUCGGGUGACAACUUCGCUGCCGAGUCUGAGGCUGCCCGACAGGAUGUGAAAUUAAACUCAAAGCCUUUAUGGCACAAUUUGUGUCGGCGAGAUAUGUGGCUCAUGUGGUACGUGUGUCUUUCGUCGUGGAGUUCGGCGACGUUGGUCUCCACAAACAGUAGCCAGAUCUACGAGGCUAUGGAUUUUCAUGGGUAUUCUUCUACAGUUAAUGUCGUCUUUGUCUCCAUUUACGGUGUUGCAAGUGCAAUGGGGCGCGUGGCCGUUGGCGUCGCGCACCCCAUUCUACUAACCAAAAAGAUCCCUGUUCCUACACUCUUUUGCAUUGCCCCGGUUUUAAAUACUAUCGGUCUACCGCUGUUUCUGGCAAUGCCAAAGAACGCCUUGGUGGUUCCCUUUUUUGUCAUUGGUCUCGCGACGGGUGUUUCGUGGGGAAGCACCAUUCUUAUCAUCAAGGGCUUAUUUGCACCGAACAACUGUGGAAAGCACUACAGUGCAUUGUACACGGCAGGAAUUGUGUCCCCAUUGAUUUUUAACGUUGGCCUAUUUGGACCCAUUUACGACUUCUACAGCAAACAGCAGGGAUAUUGGGAAACUCGUAAAUGUGAAGGGCGCUCUUGCAUUUGGAUUCCUCUGGUGGUAUGUGCUGUCGUGAACGCCAUUGCUCUGCCAAUGGCCAUCUACUUUGUUAUUCGGGUUUCGAAACGAGGAGGGCUGCUGUAG